AUGUCUACGCGUCAAGAUGAUCAAGUAAAUAUUCAAGCAAGUGGUCAAGCUCAAGAAAAUAAUAAAGAAGGUAACGAAGCCCAAGAAAGUAAUCAGGCACAAGAAAAUAAUAAAGGCGGUGACGAAGUCCAAGAAAGUAAUCAGGCACAAGAAAAAAAUAAAGGAGGUAACGAAGCCCAAGAAAGUAAUCAGGCACAAGAAAAAAAUAAAGGAGGUAACGAAGCCCAAGAAAGUAAUCAGGCACAAGAAAAUAAUAAAGGAGGUAACGAAGCCCAAAAAAGUAAUCAGGAAAAUGAUGAAAUUCGGGAAAAUGAUGAAGUUCAGCAAAAUGAUGAAGUCCAGCAAAAUGAUGAAGUUCAGCAAAAUGAUGAAGUUCAGCAAAAUGAUGAAGUUCAAGGUGGUGAUGUUCAGAAACUACCUAAAUAUUUUGAAAUGAUCGAGAACACUCUGAAUCCAGAACAGAAGGAUGCCUUAAAUAAUGUUCGCAGCAUAGGGGCAAAAAUGAUUCUUUUGGAAGCUAUUCAUGAGCAACGCCUAAAAAAUGCGAAUAUGAUCAACUUACUUGUCGCUAUACUCAGUUUGCUUGUUACAUUCGCUAUAAAUAUUUCAGUUAUCGCUCUUAAAAAAGAUGACAAUAUAAAUAUCUUGCUUUUAAAUGGAAUCAUCUUCACUAUGCAAGUUUUUACUGUAGUAAUAACAGUAGCAAGUGAACCAUAUUUCGCAAACAGAGAAUAUCUACAUUUAGCAUCAAUUUUCACCCCAAUAGUCAUAAGCAUAGCAUUAGCAAUAAGUUUAGGGAUUGUUUUUAGCUCACCACUUAUAACAGCGACUUGGGUACCAGUUGGCGUAUUAUUUUCUAAUAUUAUUAUUCAAAAUACUAAAUAG